AACUAGCCACACACCCAAAAAAGAAAAAUGUGACGAUAAGAUUGAUGAUGCUUUCUUCAGUUUGUCACUCGUUAAUCAAAUUGAUUCAUCAUAACAAAAUUGUAAAAAAAGAAAGGUGAGAGACAUGGCUUCAACAAAAAUAAACCCAUUAACAACAAUCUACAAAUCCCCAGAAAGAGACGUUAUAAACCACAAAUCCCCAAACCAAAUCAAACUAAUUUCGAAUUCCAUAAACCCUGAACCCAACACAAGACAGCUUCCCAAUAAUCUCUACGGUGUCAGUUUCAAGACUAUUGGAACAGGUAAGCUUGGCAUCUCCAGAUAUCCCGAUUUCGAGUAUUCUCCACAAGGAGGUUCCGGCACCGGAACCGCCCGGAAAAUCAUCGGCGACGAAAACAGAGCAUCAAACUCCGAACUGUCUGUUUGUUUCGACGUGGCUACUCUGUACAUUCCUUCUCUGACGAGCCAAACCACGAAAUUUCUCGGCUUUCCAUUGCCGCCGUUUCUUAAAAUCGAUAUCUCUCCGGAGAUUUUCCAAGGAACUAUCGACCCAGAAUCCGGAAAGGUGGAACUGGAGUUCACGGCGAAGUUCUGUUUCACGGCGGGAGGAGGGAUUUACAGAGCUCCGGCGUUGGUGGUGAAAACGGUGUUGACGACGGAGGAAUCGAGAGGAGAGAGGAAGAGAGGGAGAGGAGAGAGAAUGGACGGAGAAGGAAAAUGCAGACUCGUCGGCGUCGCGAAAGUGGAGACUGUUGAUGAUUUGUUUAUGAAUACAUUCCUUUCUCUCCCGGCGGAGUGUCUCGCCGAUCUACAGGCUGUAAUCUCAGUCUCCGAUUAUCAAUUUUGAUGAUAAGAAAUAAAUCUAAGUUUUAAGUACAAAUUGAUUGAA